UCCCCCCUCGGUUCUUUGGAGCUUCGGGAGCCGCAGUAGCGGAGGGGACGGCAGCCAAAGGUGGCUUUCUAAAAGAUGACCAUAGAGGAUCUUCCUGACCCUUCUGAAGAAGGUGUUUCAUUGAGUAGAAGACACCAGUUUUUUAUCUCAGGCUCCGAAGAUUCAAUUACCCAUUCAGUCUCUGCUGCACCAAUGCCUUCAGAAUAUGAGUUCUCCUUUUUCGAUCCAAAUGAUGCAGCAUGUCGGGAAAUUCUUUUCAACCCCAAAACUUCUGUAUCUGAAUUAUUUGCUAUCUUAAGACAAUGGGUUCCCCAAGUUCAGCAAAACAUUGAUGUGAUAGGAAAUGAGAUCAUUAAGAGAGGCUGUAAUGUGAAUGACAGAGAUGGCUUGACUGACAUGACUCUCUUGCACUAUACUUGCAAGUCAGGAGCUCAUGGAAUUGGGGAUGUAAAAACAGCAGCAAAAUUUGCCUCUCAGCUUAUUGAGUUGGGUGCAGAUAUCAGUUUGAGGAGUCGCUGGACAAAUAUGAAUGCUCUGCACUAUGCUGCCUAUUUUGAUGUUCCAGAACUCAUUAGUAUCAUUUUAAAAAAUGCAAAACCAAAAGAUAUUGAUGCCACCUGCAGUGACUUUGAUUUUGGAACUGCCUUGCAUAUUGCUGCCUUCAACCUAUGUACUGGAGCUGUAAAGUGUCUAUUGGAACAUGGUGCUAACCCUGCUUUUAGGAAUGACAAAGGGCAGACACCUGCUGAUGUGGUUCCUGAUCCAGUAGAUAUGCCAUUGGAAAUGGCUGAUGCAGCAGCCAGCGCUAAAGAAAUCAAACAGAUGCUUUUAGAUGCGGUACCUCUGGUUUGUGACCUUUCCAAUAUAAUGCUUCCAAAUUAUGAUAAUGUCACUGGAAAAGACAUGCUUGAAUUGCUUGGCCUAAAACUGGGAGAUCGAGUUGUCAUUGCAGGACAGAAGGUUGGCACAUUACGAUUUUGUGGCAUGACAGAAUUUGCCAGCGGGCAGUGGGCUGGUAUAGAAUUGGAUGAACCUGAUGGCAAAAACAAUGGUACUGUUGGAAGAGUGCAGUACUUCAAGUGUACUCCAAAACAUGGUAUCUUUGCACCACUCUCUAAAAUAAGUAAGAUUUCUGGACACAAAAAAAGUACAAAAGCGUCUUCCUCACGACCUUUGCCUAUAAUCAAAUCCAAGAAAAUUGAUGUAACCCACAUAACCUCUAAAGUGAAUUCUGGCUUAUCCAGAAAAGAUAGUACUUCCAAUUCCACAUUUGUAAGCAGUGAAGAAGUAAAGAAAACUGUAUCAGGUAAACAAGCAAAUUACCUUGGAUCCAGUAGCUCUUCAUCCUCAACUGUAUCAUUAGACAGCAAGCUGAAUUGUCCCAAGAAAUGUAAUUCCACAAGUAAUAAUAAGAAGGAAAACAUGAAAGACCACCCAAUUUCAUCCAAAUCUAUGGCUGAAGGAAACAAUACUUUUCUAUCUGCAAAGAAAAAUGCAUUUGAGGAAGGGGAAAUUCAGAUUGGAGAAAGAGUACUGGUGGUUGGACAAAGAACUGGAAUAGUUAGAUUCUAUGGGACAACCAAGUUUGCACCAGGGCUUUGGUAUGGCAUAGAACUGGAUAAACCUCGUGGCAAGAAUGAUGGCUCAGUUGCAGGCAUACAGUACUUCAGAUGCCCCCCCAGAUACGGUGUUUUUGCACCACCCUCUAGAGUGCAAAAGCUAACAGGAUCACUAGAAUCUCUCACAGAUACUUCAAGUAAAAUGAAUCAUUCUUUCCCUGGUUUCCAACGAAGUUUCAGUACAACCUCUGCAGUUUCACAAAAAGAGAUAAACAGGAGAAAUUUCUUUGUCAAAUCAAAAAAUUCUUCUUUGCGUCGUAGUUGGAGCAACACUACUACUACAAGCACAGAUGGCCCAGUAAAAUUACAUGAAGGCUCUCAGGUCCUCCUGAGCAGCUCCAGUGAGAUGGGCACAAUUCGCUACAUUGGGCCCACCAGUUUUGCUCCAGGCAUUUGGCUUGGCCUGGAACUUCGGAGUGCUAAGGGCAAGAAUGAUGGCUCUGUGGGUGACAAGCGAUAUUUCACUUGCAAGCCAAAAUAUGGAGUCUUGGUGCGUCCAAGUCGAGUAACUUAUCGUGGGAUUAAUGGAAUGAAACUUGUUGAUGACAUCUGUUGAAGAACACUAUUUUUCAUUAAGAUGAGGUACAGAUGAGGAAAACCUGACUUUUACCUGCGUGGAACCCCAUCUUUACUUAACAUCCUAAAGCUUCGUGACUCUAAGAUGCUCACAGUUUGGAAGUGUGCAGUGACUGAAGAAUGAGAUCUUAGUAGCUUUCACUAUAAAACAUUUCUUGCUUGAAUACUCCUUGCAUUAGAAAUAUCUUGGAUUUGAGCUGCUCUGUUACUCCAAUAAUAUCCAUUAUUCGAACUAACUCCAUUUUGACAGGCUUUGUCUCUUCAAAAUGAGCUUUUCAUCCUGUAUUUUAGUGAAGCUAUAAUGCAGCAAGAGAUCAUACAGCUUGUUAAAUAACUCUUUAAACUGCUUUCUCUAGAAAAAAACAAGGUAGAAAAACAACAGUGAAAGAACUCUGGGAAGCUGUUAGCUUUAGACAGUUCCCUGAAAGCACAAAACGAUCAGUUGAAAAGAACCCUGAAAAGCAGAAUUUGCUUAUUUGACAUGACAUGGAAGCUACAAAAAAUGUAUAUUUUCAGGUUUCCAGCAAAAGCACUUUUAAACUGUGUAUGUGUG